GCCGCGCGAGCACCGCACCGCACCGCAUCACGAGCAGGGAGGCUGCGGCUCUAAUUCAUUGCAGCACUUUGUUUCGUGUGUGUUUAUUUAAAGUUUAACACCUCAGCAGCGGCGAUCUAAGAUGCCCAGGUGUCAGACGGCCAAGGAUGAAACAUCUGCAGCUUCUGAGGACUGCGAGCACACGAAUAAACAUGUGAAGCGCUAAAGAAUAAACACAUCAUGCAAGAAGAUCUUUACUGUUAGAUGACAAGAGGCAUUCCGUCGAGAGAGGCAGCAGUAGCGGAUGCAGUGGAAAGGAGCGAUGUUGGAGUCAGCGCGAGCUGCAGUGGGUCCACGCUGAAGAAAACUGGUCUAGGUCAUAGCUGCACAACCGUGCCAGCUCUGUGGGCACAUAAUCAAAACAGGACACGAAAGAGAGCUGUGGAGGAAUUCAGGACGAGAAAUACAUGUCUGUUCCAUUACACUAACCUCAGUACCAUAUCCCCUGCAGUGCUUCAUCUUGGGCUUGCAGGAUGACCGUAGUGGCCGGAGAUAACAUGGAUGAAACAUCAGCUGUCCCAGGGCAUCCUCAGGACACAUAUGCCCCUGACCAUGAUGACCAUGAAUGCUGUGAAAGGGUGGUCAUUAACAUUGCUGGGCUGCGCUUUGAAACACAACUCAAAACGCUCGCUCAGUUUCCAGAGACGCUGCUUGGGAACCCAAAGAAGAGAAUGCGGUAUUUUGAUCCUUUGAGAAAUGAGUAUUUCUUUGACCGGAAUCGUCCUAGUUUUGACGCAAUCCUCUACUACUAUCAGUCUGGAGGGCGGUUGAGGAGGCCAGUAAAUGUCCCAUUGGAUAUGUUCUCGGAAGAGAUUAAGUUCUAUGAACUUGGAGCUGAGGCAAUGGAGAAGUUCCGUGAGGAUGAGGGAUUCAUCCGAGAGGAGGAAAGACCCCUGCCAGAAAAGGAGUUCCAACGCCAAAUCUGGCUUUUGUUUGAGCACCCUGAAAGCUCAGGGCCAGCCAGAGGAAUUGCCAUAGUGUCUGUCAUGGUCAUUUUAAUUUCCAUUGUCAUUUUCUGUUUGGAGACUUUGCCAGAACUGAAGGAGGACCCUGCAGGGAGAAUACAGACAAUAGGCAACACCACCUAUUACUACAAACCAAACAUCCUUACAGACCCCUUCUUCAUUGUAGAGACCCUCUGCAUAAUCUGGUUCUCAUUUGAACUUAUAGUUCGAUUUCUUGCAUGUCCCAGCAAGGCAGCCUUCUUUAAGAACAUGAUGAACACCAUAGAUGUUGUAGCCAUCAUCCCCUACUUCAUUACACUGGGCACAGAGUUGGCAGAAGAACAAGAUGGUAAGGAGGGCAAGGGGGAACAGGCAACAUCACUGGCCAUUCUCAGGGUGAUUCGUCUGGUCAGGGUGUUUAGGAUCUUCAAGCUGUCCAGACAUUCCAAAGGCCUACAGAUUUUAGGGCAGACCCUAAAAGCUAGUAUGCGGGAGCUUGGAUUGCUUAUCUUCUUCCUCUUCAUCGGUGUCAUCUUGUUUUCGAGUGCCGUGUACUUUGCAGAAGCUGAAGAGGCAGAAUCAUAUUUCAGCAGUAUACCUGAUGCUUUCUGGUGGGCUGUUGUAUCAAUGACCACAGUUGGCUAUGGAGAUAUGGUCCCUGUCACUAUUGGGGGCAAAAUUGUAGGCUCUCUGUGUGCGAUUGCCGGUGUGCUGACCAUUGCCCUACCAGUGCCUGUCAUCGUAUCCAACUUCAACUACUUCUACCACAGGGAAACUGAGGGUGAGGAGCAAGCCCAACUUCUGAACGUGAGUAACCCCAACAUUGCUUCUGACUCAGAUUCCAGUCGCCGCAGCUCCUCAGUUGUGAGCAAGUCUGAGUACAUGGAGAUCGACGGAGACAUGAACAACAGCAUGGACAAUUUCAGAGAUGCCAACCUUAGAACUGGCAACUGCACAACAGCUAAUCAAAAUUGUGUUAACAAAAGUAAGCUGCUAACUGAUGUUUAGAGUCCAGAAAUGUACUACAGGACUGUCACGAUUCAGUAGUCGAAUACUUUAUUUAACUCUCUAGUGCCCUCCUGCAUUACUAUUAUUCUCUGCAGAUGAAAAGAGAACAGAUAAAAACAUACAAU